CCCGUUAGCAGCUCGGCCGUCCGCUCGUGGCUUUGCCUGUGCGCUGGCGGAGAAACAGAUGUAUACAUACACUUUUGGAGGAGCGGUCGACGCCUAGUAAUUUUUUUUUCUUAGCCCACGAGGGUGCCCGUGUAGUCUUCGUAAAGCCCAAAUUGGUUCUGUUUUUGUUUUUUAAAGAGGAAAGUCCAACCCCAUAAGCGUGUUCAGCGUCGGGCUAGAGAGAGAGAGAGAAAGAGAGAGAGAGAGGGACUGGAGGUCCUACGCUUGUAACGGCGCGAGUGUUCGAGAGGCAGUCAGGAGGGCGCGGCGUCCUAGGAAAGUGCAGGAUGAAGCGUCGAAACGAUCCCCACUAGUACAGCCGGCAGCUCUACCCUCAAGGAUCUAGCUAGAUGGGGCGUCACGCGUAGAAGGAGGAGGAGGAAGGAGGAAGGAAGAGAAGCAACGCAGGAGGCAACGCGGGAGGCUUCGACGGCGAAACACUAAUCUCACUUGGUCUCCUACUGCCAUCAUUGCAAGGCAGUCUACCCGUCUAGUUGUGUAUAUUUGUAUGGUGAAGAUGCAGGCGGUGCAGUCGGCGCUGGCCAUCCGGCGGCAGAGGUCGCGGCGGGAGGAGAGGCGGCUGGCGAAGGAGCGGCGGGAGAGCCAGGGGUCGCUGUCCACGCCGCGCCCCUCGCUCGUCAGCCUGGACGGCCGCGUGUACUUCAACGAGGAGAAGGAGAACAAGCGGCUGUUCGGCCAGGUGACCAUGUUCCACGUGGGGCUCGUGUUCAUCGUGAUCGGCCUCAUGCUCACCAUCACGUCGCUGGUGCCCGGCUACGUGAAGAGCACGACGCCCGAGCGCCGCAGCGACCUCCUGGGCACCGGCUGCUUCUGCGUGUUCCUCGGCGGCCUGCUCACCACCAUCAGCCGCUUCGUGUCCAACAACGAGGAGAAGGAGCUCAACCAGUACAUCAAGGGCCGGCUGGGGCGCUCCAAGUCGGGCCACCGGCUGGUGCGCGACGCCGAGAGCGGCCUGCCCACGCCCACCAGGGAGCGCCGGAACAAGCCGCAGCAGAACGGCGUCACGCCGCCCGCCACGCUCGAAACGGCCGGCAAGAGCGGACUCAAGCCGCGGCCGGAGGCCGAACGCAAGCAGGAGAGCCCGACGUCGAUGACGCAGGAGCCUGGCGGCAGCUCGUCCCCCGUCAGCGACGUCAGCGGGAUGAUGUCGUCGGCGUCGCUGGAGCCCGUCCUCUCGCGCAUCCUGGAGGAGGACGAGGAGAUGGAGCCCGACGCCGCCACGGAGCCGCUGGACUCGACCCCCGAGUCGUCCCUCACACCUACCUCGCCGCUGGAGACUCAAGGACUACUGGACCGACACCACUCCACGCCCAGGAAAGGCUCCAAGUCGUCCUCCAAGAGCUCGAGUAAGAGCUCAAGACACUCGGGCGUGUAGACCGAGGGCCGACCCUCACCCCUAGCGCUGCCGCGGCGCCCCCGACCAAGUCCGCGCCCGCUGCAGCCUCCCUCCAGGUGCCCCCCCCCCCCCUAGAAGAGAGAAAAGAAAAUAGGAAAAAAAGAUAUUUUGGGUGUCGCUGUUGAUCGGCGGCACUUUUUUCCGACGCCUUUCCGAGCAUCGGAAUGUCUCCUUAUCCAAAGGUGUCAAAAAAGUCUUCGUGUAACCUCUCCUACUUGUCUCCCAAAAGCUGAUCAAAGAGAUUGAUUUACUUCACUUUUUUUAAUCGAGGAUGAGUAAGCAUGUAAGAAAACACUAUAUAAGUUUCUACUCGAAGUGAAGAUUAUAUUUUUAUGUAACAUUUUCGCACAACUUUUCAACUCUAUUUUGGUAAUGAUUUGGACCAAAAUUUGAUUUUGUAUAGUUAUUAAAGAACAGACCUUGACACUCUCAACAACUUCCAGUAACUUGAGUUCAACACUAGAAAAAACAUUAAAUGUACAUAGCCCUAUACAUAUAAAACCCAUAAUUACAUGAUUAAUGAUACAUAUUGCUCCUAGUAUCAGGAACCCACCAAAUACUAGAGGAAACAUCUUACAACUUAGCUAAAACUGGUCUCUAUUGACUAGUGCGAAUUUUCAGUAUAUUAUUCGAAUCUUCGUUAAAGAAUAAAACUUUAUAUAUAUAUUUUUAAACAGGAAGAAUAGCUUAUAAUGAAGACAUUUUUUCAUUCCUUUUUUUUUAAUCCUGCUUAGCGCUUGUAAUAAAAUCUUUCUGUUCGUAGUCAGUGAGCAGGGGUUGGGACGCAGCUCAUGAAAACACUCCAGUGAUGUCAUUAUUUCACUUUUAAAAAAAUAACUAUAAUUAGAACCAAAUUUAAAGUGUGGUGCGCUACGUCUGUUAAGGAAUAGGUAGACUGUAAAAAAAAAAAAAAACAAGUAAUUCAUUUAUUCGAUCUCUCUGACGUAAAAUUAUUAACCAUUUUGAGCGAAUAUUAACCAUUUUGAGCGAACAAAUUCGUUGAAUUAGAGAUUAAGUAGAAGCUGAAGAGUCCAUUGAGAGACAGAGAAGGGAACGGACUGGAACGAGAAGAAAGUGGCCUGGAAUGUAGUUGAUUUAAGUGCCUUGGUAGAGUCAUAAAUUUUCAAAGGUUAGAUGAAUAGUCUUAGAUAGGUCUUUGAAGUUACUGACAUCACGCCUUCGCUUUUUUAUCUCUCUCUCUCUCUCUCUGUCUAUCUUUCUCUCUCUCAAUCGGUCCAUCUGCCUCUCUCUCUGUCUAUCUUUCCUAUUUUAGUCUCUCUCUUUCUCUCUCUCUCCCUCUCUC